GUUAUGAGAACUUUUUCGUAAAAGAAUCCCCCCUGACAGCUGGAAAGAAGAAGAAGAAGAAAAAAAAAGGAGGAUCACAAUGGAGUUUAGGAAAGAUGAAUUCAAGAAACUAGCUGGGAAUACACUAGGACGUCUGCACAGGAUAUUGGAGAAGAGGCAGACAAAUGGAGAAACCAUUGAGCUGACAGAAGAAGGACAGCCUGUCGUCAAAGAAGAAAAACGGCAGCCAGUAGUAGAUUGUACUUGCUUUGGGCUUCCUCGUCGGUACAUUAUCGCCAUCAUGAGUGGCUUGGGCUUCUGCAUCUCAUUUGGCAUCCGAUGCAACUUGGGUGUAGCCAUUGUGAGCAUGGUCAACAACAACACGGUCUACGGGGGAAUAAGCUUGUUAUCGAGCAAGCGCAGUUCCUGGGAUCCUGAGACAGUCGGCAUGAUACACGGUUCCUUCUUUUGGGGUUAUAUAGUCACGCAGAUUCCCGGAGGUUUUAUAUGUCAAAAAUUUGCAGCUAACAGGGUAUUUGGGUUCGCCAUCGUAGCCACGUCGACGUUAAACAUGCUCAUCCCGUCUGCUGCCAGAGUGCACUUCACUUGUGUGAUCUUCGUCAGGAUAUUACAGGGCCUGGUAGAGGGAGUAACGUACCCCGCAUGCCACGGGAUCUGGAGUAAAUGGGCACCACCGCUGGAGCGCAGCAGACUGGCGACAACCGCAUUCUGUGGUUCCUAUGCAGGAGCGGUGGUGGCCAUGCCUUUGGCUGGAGUUUUAGUUCAAUACUCUGGGUGGAGUUCAGUUUUUUACGUCUAUGGAAGUUUUGGGUUAAUGUGGUACAUGUUUUGGAUGCUUGUGUCCUACGAAAGCCCAGCGGAACAUCCUUCAAUAUCCGAAGAAGAGAGGAAAUACAUUGAGGAAAGCAUCGGAGAAUCCACAGGUCUCAUGAACCCAUUGACGAAAUUCAAGGCUCCGUGGCGCAAGUUCUUCACCUCCAUGCCGGUGUAUGCGAUCAUUGUUGCAAACUUUUGCCGUAGCUGGACCUUCUACUUGCUGCUAAUUAGCCAGCCGGCUUAUUUUGAAGAAGUAUUUGGGUUUGAAAUCAGCAAGGUUGGGCUUAUCUCGGCUUUACCCCACUUGGUGAUGACAAUCAUUGUCCCUAUUGGUGGUCAAAUUGCUGAUUUCCUACGGACCAAGCGGAUCAUGUCGACAACCAAUGUGCGCAAAAUGAUGAACUGUGGAGGGUUUGGCAUGGAAGCUACACUUCUGUUAGUUGUGGGUUAUUCACAUUCAAGAGGCGUUGCCAUCUCCUUCCUGGUUUUGGCCGUGGGAUUCAGUGGUUUUGCCAUAUCAGGGUUCAAUGUGAAUCACCUGGAUAUUGCCCCCCGCUAUGCCAGCAUCCUCAUGGGUAUUUCCAAUGGAGUCGGAACUUUAUCAGGAAUGGUGUGCCCACUGAUUGUAGGAGCCAUGACAAAGCACAAGACCCGUGAGGAAUGGCAAUAUGUCUUCCUGAUUGCUUCCCUUGUCCAUUAUGGUGGUGUCCUUUUCUAUGGGAUCUUCGCCUCGGGAGAGAAGCAGCCAUGGGCAGAACCAGAAGAAACCAGUGAGGAAAAGUGUGGCUUCAUCCAUGAAGAUGAGCUGGCGGAUGAAAGUGAAGAGCAAACCCAAGCGUUUGGAGGGUAUGGCAGCUAUGGUGCCACCCAAACCACAAGCCAGCAGAAUGGUGGCUGGCCAGCUGAGUGGGAGAAAAAAGAGGAAUUCAUCCAAGACCAGGGAAAGGACCCCUAUUUAUAUGGGACUGUUGCUGAAAGAGACUUAUCAUGAAUAGAAUUAAAAGCAAAAAAAUAUAAUUAAAUUAAUAUCAAUGUCUCACCUCUAACUGCAAGACUGGCGAGUACGGAAGAAGAGGUGACUGGUAUUUCAGUGUCUCCCCACUUUCAGCCACAUCAUCACAUGGCACCCUUUCUAUUGUUUAAGUACCUUUCCAUUUAUUAUACAUAAGGGGGGGGUUGAAAGCAGUGCCUACUCUUCCUUGGACUGCCCUUACAUUUCCAUUGGCCAAUUCUGUUUCUGGUAUCAGUGAUUUGCUUGUUACGUGUAUAGAUGCCGCAAAGGCACGUGUGUUAUAAGAGUCUAUCACUUGUAUAAGUGUGUAAGCAAUAACAAAUGAGAAGGUGCGUUUAUCAUUGACAGUGAAUUGAGUUAGAUGUACACAUUACUGCGUGAUUCCCAGGGAUACGGUGUAGAAAAUAUCCAUGAGGAUGGGGCAUGAUCAAUUCUACAUCACUUGGUUUUCAAUAUUAAUUUUUUUUUA